ACCACAUGAAGGAAAAACGAUGGAAAAGCAAGAGGUUAGGAGGAGCGAUGCAAAAGGGGAAGCAGGCGAGCGAGGUCUUGAAGGACUUCCGAUGCAGGAGAGUCCGUACGUGAAAUACAAGGACCUGGAGGAUUACAAGCAUCAAGGUUACGGCGUUGAAGGCCAUCUCCAGCCUCAACCUGGUCGAGGAGCUGGUGCUACUGACGCCCCCACUCUCUCUGGUUCUGCUGUUUCCUCUGAGGCCGAAUCGAAAAUCGUCGAUGCCGCUAAUCGUCAAGGAGCCCUUUGAUUGAGCUCCUUUCUUUCUUUGUUUCAUAAUAUGAAUCAAACACCUUGAUUACUUCUCGUGAUUUGUUAGGUUUCACUCUUAUAAUUUGCUUUUAUAUACCAUCUUUUAUUUGCUCUAUGACAAGGUGCGUAUUGCAAUAGAGCAUCUUUCAGAGUCAGAUCAGCGAUCGUAGGAUAGUCGGUGAAAUUGAAGGCAUCCAGAUAUCUUCCAUGAACUCAAAACAAACCGCACUCUGUUAGGGAAUUAGUGGAUAUAUAUUGAAUCAAAUUUAAGUGACCCUCCUUCCACUUGUUCGUCUUGAACUCAGGCAUACAUGUAUUUCUGUUUUGAUCAAAUGAUGCAUAUUAUAUAGAUUGAACCACAUUAUAUGAUAUGACUACCAA